GUCCCCGCCCCCCUCAUGAAUAUUGACGAGCAGGAUGUGAGUAGCGGGCGCUGCUGCGACGCCCUCAGUACGCAGGCGCGAAGAUCUGCCUCCAACAACAAGAAGCAGGAGCCAGACAACAUGGCCGACCUGGGGAAAAAGUACUGCGUUAACUGCCUUUCGGAUGUUACUAACCUACGGCUUCGGUGCACCGACUGCCCAGACAUCGAGCUGUGUCCGGAGUGUUUCUCGGCGGGUGCAGAAAUUAGCAACCACCGGAGAUGGCACGGUUACCAGCUGGUCGACGGCGGUCGGUUCUCUCUCUGGGGUCCCGAGGCGGAGGGAGGAUGGACCAGCAGGGAAGAGCAGUCGCUGCUCGAUGCCAUCGAACAGUAUGGGUUUGGAAACUGGGAGGACAUGGCUGCUCAUGUCGGAGCAUCCCGAACGCCACAGGAAGUCAUGGAGCACUAUGUCACCAUGUACAUUCACGGAAACCUGGGUAAGGCCUGCAUUCCAGACAGUAUUCCCAAUCGGGUCACUGACCACACCUGCCCCAGCGGAGGUCCUCUGUCGCCCAGCCUCACCACCCCACUACCCCCACUUGAUAUCAGCCUGGCCGAGCAGCAGCAGCUGGGCUACAUGCCACUGCGUGAUGACUAUGAGAUCGAAUAUGACCAGGAUGCUGAGAAGCUCAUCAGCGGACUGUCUGUGAACUACGAUGAUGAGGAUGUGGAAAUUGAGAUGAAACGUGCCCACGUGGACAUGUAUGUGCGUAAGCUUCGUGAGCGCCAGCGACGUAAGAAUAUUGCCCGAGACUACAACCUGGUGCCUGCAUUCCUAGGCCGAGACAAGAAAGACAAGGAUAAGGAAAAACCAGGGGCACUUGGAGUCAUAGGUACUGCUGGUGGUUUGGGUGGGGCAGGGGCUGGCAGUGGUGCAAUCGGGUCAGGCUCCACAACAGCAGGAGGAUCGGGUCCUGUUCCAAGUACACCUAAAAGGAAGAUCACCAAGGAAGAAAAAGAGCAACGUGUCAGGUUGCGGGGGCUCUGCCAGUUCAUGGCCCACAGGGAGUUUGAAGACUUCUUUGAGAACAUGCAUAAGGAGCGUUUGCUGAGGGCGAAGGUACGAGAGCUGCAGCGCUACCGCCGUAACGGCAUCACCCGCCUGGAAGAGUCAGCUGAGUACGAAGCUGCGCGCCACAAAAGAGAAAAACGUAAAGAAAACAAAAGUGUGGUCACCUCUAAACGUGGCAGCGGAGGAGGUGGAAGCAUUGGCUCUGGGAUCGGACUGGGUGGUGGAGCUGGAGGCGGGGGUACGGCUGGAGGAUUGGGGGUUGGAGGCGGGAUCAAAGAAGAAGGUAAAGAUGGUGAGUUUGCUGCUAUCGAGAAUCUGACCGGCUUUGAGCUGCUGUCCGACAGGGAGAAGGUGCUGUGCAACUCUCUGAACCUCAGCCCGGCUCGUUACCUGACUGUCAAAACCAUCAUCAUCAAAGAUCACCUGCAGAAAAGGCAGGGAAUCCCAGCCAAGAGCCGCCUGCCCAGCUACCUGGACAAGGUCCUGAAGAAGCGCAUUCUCACUUUCCUCACAGAAAGUGGAUGGAUAUCCAGAGACGCCUCUUAGCUAAACGUAACACCAUGAGUUGGCUGAUUUGCUGUGAGUUCUGGUGACCGGAAAAAACUACUACUUUUCACCAUUUUUUUGAAGGUGACCUUGUGAAUAUGUACACUUUAAAAAAAAUUCCAGUUUAGAAAAAAAUAUUUUCUUACCAGGGUUUGAAACGCAAACCUAUAUUUUUGCAUUUGGAAAAGGAUGGGGGUGAGAUACAGCUCUGUGGGUUCAUAGUACAUGUCUAUAUUAUAACUAAUAAUAAAUGCAGUACUAACAUGUAUUACUUAAUGGUAGAGGUAUUGUAAAGGUACAAUGAAGGUUCAAUGAACAUGAAU